AUGGUGACCAAGAACCAGACAAUUCUCAAUGAAUUUAUUCUCCUGGGAUUUUCUAAGGAUCCAGUGGUAAACGCUGCACUAUUUGUGUUAUUUUUUAAUAUCUACAUAGUAACCAUUGCUGGGAAUGGUCUUAUGAUAUGCAUGGUCUUCCUCAAUCCCCAGUUACACAAACCAAUGUAUUUCUUCCUCUGCAUCUUGUCCAUUCUGGACUUGUGUUACUCAACAACUACUGUACCCAGGUUAUUAGCAGACCUAUUCUCUACCCAUAGGAUAAUCUCAUCUGGUGCCUGCGGCAUUCAACUCUACGUCAUUCUCCUUGUGGAGGGAUGUGAGUGUCUUCUCCUUGCCCUCAUGGCCUAUGACCGAUAUGUUGCUAUAUGCCAACCGCUCUAUUACUCUGCUGUGAUGACCUGGAGUGUUUGCUAUAAGCAGGUGGCACUGAGUCUGAUCGCUAGCUUUAUGAUGUGUAUUUUGCCAUCACUGUUCAUGCAGAUUACUCUAUGCUACAACCAGAUCAACCACUUCAUGUGUGAGUUGCUGGCUAUCCUAAAGCUAUCAUGCAAUGACAUUUCAUCCAAUGAACUUGUAAUAUUUUCCGUCAGCUUUCUUUUUUCGCUUCUCCUCCCCCUUGUGCUCAUCAUAGUGUCAUAUGGUUGUAUUAUAGUAUCAGUAUUAAAGAUCCGCACCGCAGGAAGGUCUAAGGCUUUCUCCACCUGCACGUCCCAUCUAGUUGUGGUGGCUCUCUACUUUGGAACAGCAAUGCUUAUGUACUUUGGGCCAUCAUCUCAGUACUCCACAAAUCAGGAGAAGUAUAGCUCCAUAUGUUAUGUUAUAUUGUCUCCGAUGCUGAACCCUCUGAUCUACAGUCUGAAUAACAGGGAGGUGAAAGAAACAUUUCAGAAACAGGUGUCAAAAUGUAAUGUUUUUAUUUUCUCAAAAUGUUUAACACACUAA